ACGAGAGCGCGCUUGGCGCAGUGCAUCCGAGGGGGGGAGGCGGGGAUCGGCCGCCAGAUUGCCCGGGCUUCUAGGAACGCAGGCCGGGGCCCGGGGCGGGGUAAAGCUGAGGGCCCGCUGGGCAGCGCUCUUGGGACAAGGCGGUUCCGCGCCACCGGCCCGGCUCCGGCGUCUAGUUUCGAGGCGCACACGUGUUCUCCAGAGGAAGUUUGCAGCGGGGGCGGCUCGCCUUUGGCAGGCCCGUUUCCACGCGCGGAAUUCUUCACAUUCCGUACAGCCGGCCGUGGAAGUCGGCGAGGUGCGGCUGGGGCGCCGAACUCGCAGGAAAAGGCGGCUUUAUCUGAAGGAAGGGGGGGCUCAGGAUGGCCUUAGCAGACGACACCAGCGCUGCCAGACUCAUGGAGGGCUCGGCUUUCCCAGAGAUUGUGGAGCUGAACGUGGGUGGUCAGGUCUACCUGACCCGCCACAGCACCCUGCAGGGCAUGCCUGGCUCCUUCCUCUGGGAUCUCUUCAGCCAGCAGAGUGCCCAGUCCUUGGCCCGGGACAGCAAAGGCCGCUUCUUCAUUGACCGGGACGGUUUUCUCUUCCGCUACAUCCUGGACUACCUGAGGGACCGGCAACUGGUGCUUCCCGAGCGCUUCCCCGAGCGGAGCCGCCUGCGGCGGGAGGCUGAGUUCUUCAAGCUGCCUGACCUGGCCAAGAGCCUGGCGCCCAAGAUCAGCAAGCAAGACUCCCUGGGCGAGGAGCCCUGCGCCAGUGACCCUGAGGAGCUCUCCCCCGGCACAGAGGCUGUCCGCACCCUGGGGGCAGCUGGCACACUCUUGGCCAGCCUCCCUGGCAGCUCCCUGGCACCUGCAGCUGGGAUCGGCAUGGGGCAGGAGGCCCGACGGUCCGGCUUCAUCACCAUCGGCUACCGGGGCUCUUACACUCUGGGGAGAGACAGCCAAACAGAUGCCAAGUUCCGGCGGGUGGCGAGGAUCAUGGUAUGCGGAAAGACCUCCCUGGCGAAGGAGGUCUUUGGGGAGACCCUCAAUGACAGCAGGGACCCUGACCGCCCCCCUGAGCGCUACACCUCCAGGUACUACCUCAAGUUCACAUUCCUGGAGCAGGCCUUCGACCGACUGGCUGACGCCGGCUUCCACAUGGUGACCUGCAACUCCACUGGGACAUGUGCCUUUGCUCACGAACAGACGGAUGACAAGAUCUGGACCUCGUACACAGAGUACGUUUUCCACCGUGAAUGAGCUUCGAGCCCCAGCGAAGCCAAAGCGCCAAAGCUGGUGAUCCUUCAUGCUCUGCUGAUGGCGCUUUCAUUCAAUGCCCUCCAACUUUGAGUCUCUUCCCUGCCAUGUUUCCAGCCUGCACCCCGGCAGCUCCUGAAGGAUGCCAACUCUUCUGCCCUGCCACAGCCCCCCGAAUCAUGGACGCGGUACUGCUGGAGGAGGAGGAAAAGGAGGACGGUGUGCCGGGGGUGGGGUGGCGUCCCUGCAGCAAUACUCUGCUGGCUCCUGCAGAGCCAAGAUGAGGGUGGCAGUUUCAUUGCGGGCCUUGCAGUGAAGCAAGUUGGGAAGGACCCUGACUGGACCCAUGGGUGCUUGCCAGGCAUUCUGCUGCCAGCCCUUACCCCAUCACUCCUUUGAGCAGCUGCGUCCAUUGGGUGUGGGGCUUUUGAUGUCAGUGAGCCAAAAGCGCUAAAACCCCUUGCCUCAUAUGCCCUGGCAUGGCUAAAUGCACCCAUUUUCCUUGAUUGAAGUGGGGGUGACUGUGACCUUGGUGCCCAGUUUGAAAGGUGCCAGGGGUCAUGGGGGCAGUGGAUUCUUUGCACACCGAAAGCCUCACUCACUUUCUAAAGUGCCAUCAAAAGUUUCUGUUAGAAGUAAGGAGAAUGUGGGGAGGGGGGUGCAGGAGGCAUACCCACCAUCCAGCAUACAAGCAGGGCAUAUUCACCAACCUGGGGGUGCUUGUGGGGGGAGAGCAGAGCCCCACAUAUAAGAGGCCAUGUUAUGUUUGCAGAAAGCCUUUGCUUCAGGAGAGUGUUUUGCUCCUAGCUGGAAGAAAGGCCGUCUCAGUUGGGCACCGGCAGAAGCCCCAGAUGCUUAAAGACUACCCUUGAGUGUCCUUCUUCCAUGCCCACAGUUGUUUGAGUUACAGAGGUAGGAAGGGGAAGUCUACAGGUGAGCAUUGUCCAAGCUGGAGAUCAGCAAAGCUCUGCACUGCGUAUUUUGAGCUGGGUUGCCACUGUCGCAGGAUCAGGGGCCACGCAUAAUAAAGGAACGAAAGAGA